AUGCUUAGUAGCUACCGGGGCAUUAUAAGAUUGGUAACGGAGAGUAGGUCGGAGACACCGGCAAGCUACCAAAAGCCCUUUUUAGACUAUUUGAGAGUUAUAGUAAAGGGUGGUAAUGGAGGACCGCCACUGAAAAAUGCAAAUAGAGGUCGUAAUUUCAAGGGGCCCGGCUAUGGAGGCCAUGGCGGUGAUGUAAUAUUUACAUCCUCACACCUCGUCCCCGAUCUACUAAGGUUACAACAUGAGAUUUGCGCCAACAAUGGAGGCGCCGGAGCUGGCACCAGUAGGGGCUUACACGCAAAGAAUAAAAUUAUUAAAGUACCUCUUGGACUAAUUGUAAGAAAAAGGUUGGACACAGGGGAAAGGGACCAGGAGGGGAGAAGGCUCAAGGUUUCUGUUUUUUGGAAACAAUUCUUGAAGGAUGAUGAAUCAUUAAUCGUUGCUAGGGGAGGAAGAGGCGGAUUAGGACCUUCCACCUUUAAAAAACAUGAUAACAAAUUGCCUGAGCUAGGAGAAAAAUGUUAUUUGGAAUUGGAGUUGCGCUUGUUAAACGACGUCGCAUUUAUUGGGGAUGCAAGUACUGGCAAAACUUCUAUUAUUAGUGCUAUAACUGGGUACCAAACGAGAAUUGGACCUGAAAGAGGUUCUACAACGAGACCACAUGUAUCAGUGCUAAAAUUUAAAGACGGAGUUGAAAUUAGGCUACUAGAUUUGCCACCACUAGAUCCUUGUGAUAAUGAUGAUCAAUUCAAGCUUAUAAACCGGCAUAUCUAUCGCUCGAAGGCCAUAGCAUAUGUACUAGACGCUUCAAAGCCAUUUGACAAUGAUUUUGAAAAAUUGCGCAAUUCACUAAAUACCGAAACGCACACACCACAUAUGCAUAAGGCGGAAAUAUGCGAUAUGCUUCAUAGGGAUUCGCUUUACAACUUAGAUACUAUAUUUUACAAAAUUAAAUCCAAAUUUCCACAAAUUCAAAUUGUACCCACCAGCGCCUCAUUUGGCCUCGGAUUGAACGAAGCUGUGGAUGCGAUACGAAACUCACUCCACAACUCCUCCAACAUCGUAUUGUAUUCAUAA